UUUUAAUUAAAAUAUGUUAAUUGGACUUGUUAUAAUUUAUUAUAAAAUAGCAUUCGAAUAAUAUUUUGGUUCAUCAGAAUAUGAUCAAAUUAAUAGAUUUCGGACUUUCACGUAGGCUAGUUGAAGUAACAAAUACCCAAAAUAAACUUGUUGGAUUAAUCUCAUAUAUUGAUCCACAACUUUUUAAAAACCAAUCAAAUAGUAAUUAUAAUUAUAAGAAAUCAGACGUGUAUAGUGUUGGCGUACUUUUAUGGGAAAUAUCGUCUGGACGAAAACCGUUUGAAUCUUAUAAUGAUGAUUUUCAACGAAUAGCGCUAAUAUCAGAAAUUUUAAAUGGAAAAAGAGAAACUCCAAUUUAUGAUACACCAAGUGAUUAUAUUAAUAUUUAUACAAAAUGCUGGAAAGAUAAUCCAGAUGAUAGGUCAGAUAUGGAACAGGUAUUCUCUGAAUUAAAAUUAAUUAAUUUGAAUAUAAUAGAAGACAAUGCAAUGGAACUUGAUGAAGAUCCAAAUAACAAUAAAGUUAUUAUUAAUAUUAUUAAUGAAUUGUUAUUACUUCAUGAUAAGUUUAUUCAAAUAAGAAAGUGUGAAGAAUCUUACUAUAUUCAAUUAGCCAAAAGUUAUAUAGCAUCAGAAAACAAAGAUGAAGAAGAAAUAUUCAAUUAUUUAUUAGAUAAUAUGGAUGUACUGCAGAAUAUUUUUCUUUUAGCAAUUUUUUUUCAUUAUGGAAUAGGAACUAAUAAAAAUGAAAUCGAAGCAUUUGAUUUAUAUAAAGAAGCAGCUAUAAAAGGAAACAUUGAUUCAAUACAACAGCUUGGACUUUGUUAUCAGUAUGGAAUAGGAACUAAAGAAAAUAAAAUUAAAGCAUUUGAAUUAUAUGAAAAAGCAGCUGAAAAAGGAAGUAUUUCUUCAAUAAAUCAACUUGGAAUAUGUUAUCAAGAUGGAAUAGGAACUAAAGAAAAUAGAAUUAAAGCAUUUGAAUUAUAUAAAAAAGCAGCUGAAAAAGGAAAUAUUUCUUCAAUAAAUCAUCUUGGAACAUGUUAUAUGAAUGGAAUAGGAACUGAAGAAAAUAAAAUUAAAGCAUUUGAAUUAUAUAAAGAAGCAGCUGAAAAAGAUGAUAUUGUUGCAAUGAAUAAACUUGCAUGUUGUUAUCAGUAUGGAAUAGGAACUGAAAAAAAUGAAAUUAAAGCAAGUGAAUUAUACAAAUUAUGUGAGGAAGCAUUUGGUAUUAUUCAAUAGACAGCUGUGGAAGUUUUUAUCAAAAUAGUAUAGAAACUGAAUGAAAUAAAGUUAGGGCAUUUGAAUUAUACAAAGAAGCAGUUGAAAGAGAUUAUAAUAAUCUUGGAAAGUGUCAAUCUUUCAAUGUAGAAAUCUGAAAAAUAUGAAGUUUUUAAUUAAUUUACAAUAAGUUAUAGGAUGUAUAAUAAUAUUUAAUUAAAUUAUUGCAUUUAUUACCUACUAAUAAGAACUAUGUUAAAG